AACUUUUUUGCAGCUCCUCCCAAUUAGUUCAUAACUGUUAUUUAAGAGCUUUAAUUCUCUCUUCCUUUCAUCAUGCUUCCAUUCUCCUUCUAUAUCCUGUCCAGUCCUUACUUUUUCAACUCUCCGAGACUUUAAUGCCAAUAUUAAGUUGCAUACCACCACACCAAAGAAACUAUUAAUCUCUAUCAGAGGCUACCUUAGUCUACCGGCGAGGGGUAAAACUUUCCCCACCCAAGUCCUGUAAAAAUGUUUUUAACUUCUAGCAGGGGCUAGCAUGCCAUGAUGGGGGCUUUAAUCCCCAAGCCUUUAUGCCACUGCUACUUAUUAUGAUGGCUUUAUCAUUUUCUGUGCAUUAUCAACCUUCACAUUGUCCCUCGUUACUAAACCUGUAUCUGAACAUAUAUAUGGCCGUCAAGAGGGGGUGCAAGGGGCAAAUUACCCCAGGGCCUCAAGGACUAGGGGACCUCAUAAAGUAAUGGAUUCCGUUUAAAAUAGAAACAAUUAAAAGUAACUGGAUUAUGCCUAAAUAUAGUAAAGCGUUUCAAACGAUUGCAAGAAAAUUAAUUUCUGCUCGCUUCGCUCGCAGGGGGCCCCAUCUUUUCAUUUCCCCUAGGACUUCCAGGACCUCCAAAACCUCUCGGCGUCCCUGGCUUUAUAUAAGAAGGUCAAGGACGGCAGCAACAACAACGCAAUAACAGAAAUAAUUAUGGCAGCUAGACAGGCUGUCGAUGUUAGAGAGAAAACAUCAAAGGUUUUGGAUAGAAUGUCGAAGAUUGAAGCAUUAGGUGAAGAGGUAUUGACAGAUAAACAACAGCUUGUAGAUCUAGAUAGAAAGAAAAAUAAGAAUAGAGAAGCCAUCAAUGCCCUGAAGAAAACAAGGAAUAGUAAUGAAUCUAAAUCCUGGCUUUGCAUUGGAAAUACAUUCUUUAGAUUUGAAGAUGAUCUGAUAGCAAACACCCUCAAAGAAGACCAAAAAGAGCUAGAAAAAGAGAUCCAAUCAAUCAGGAAUGGCAUAACUGGAAAAGUUUCAGAUCUGCACCAACUGGAAGGACAGAAAGAUGUAAAAGGUUUCUCACUUGCAAGUUUGUCAGCAGAAGAUUUAGCCUUUGUAAAACAUGACGUUUAACUGGCCUUGCGACUUGUCUGUCUUGAGAAACAGACAUCAAGAAAUCUGUGAAACAUGGCAUCCCGGCUGCACUGUUGCUGCUCGCAAUUUAGAGAAAAGCCUCAUGGGAUGGGAUCUGCUACUAAAAGUUUGGGAGCAUGCCACGUGUCCAAGCUCAGUCAAAAUGAUGCAUCGUGUGUGACACGGAAGUGAAAGCAUGAGGGCAGUUGUGCAAUGUUAGACAACUAUGUGGACGAUAUCUUUAUAUGUGACAAAGUGAUUUAGUCAGUCGUUAUUCCUAUUUUAUGAACCAAAUAGAUUUUGAAUUAUCUUUUUUAGAAAAUGGUUACAGUAGAGACCCGCAUAAAAAAACAUGUUUUUUAUAAGAACACUGAAAUUUAACCUUUAAAACCCCAUAAUCAAGAACCCCCAAGAGGCUGAAAUUUGGAAAGGUUCUUACGUAUAUAUAUAUUUUAUAUAUAUAAGGGUUUUUAGAGUAAAUCAGGUUAUGAUAUGUAUACAACAUACGGUGUGUUGUAUUCUAAUUGGACAAUCUAACAACACAAAUUCAUUUGAUUGGUUGAAAUUUAACAUAAAAAAAGCUGGUUUAAGUGUGUCCCUUAGAGUUCUUGCGGUGGAAACAUUGUUAAUGUGUGCAAGGCCUGUCCGUAUAUAAGAACUUUGUUAAGAACCUUUUAGACUGGAAUUUAGAAUAGCAGCCUGUUAAUUAAGAACCUAUUCAGGCUGCCAGAAAAAACUUAAGUUCUUUCAUGCAGGUUUCUACUGUAUCUUAAAAUUAAAUUAAAUUUUCUAUCGCCAUCUGCACUUUAUCUAAAAGAUUUUUGCUGUGAGGCAUAACACAAGCACCCAUUUUUAUGCAGGUAAAGGUUAAAACAAAGAUAUCUUUAUUCCAUAGAAAUUAAAGAAAUGCUCUUCUCCCGCCGA